AUGGGGAGCCCCGCACUCCGACCCGCGCUGCUGCUGCCCCCGCUGCUGCUGCUGCUGCUGCGCGUCCCGCAGAGCCACGGCUUCCCAGGAUCGGGAGACUCACCGCUAGAAGAUGAUGAAGUCGGGUCUUUACACACUAGAUAUAAAGAUACUCCAUGGUGCUCUCCCAUCAAGGUCAAGUACGGGGAUGUGUACUGUAGAGCCCCUCAAGGAGGAUACUACAAAACAGCCCUGGGAACCAGGUGCGACAUUCGCUGUCGGAAGGGCUACGAGCUCCAGGGCUCUUCCCAGCUUAUCUGCCAGUCAAACAAACGGUGGUCUGACAAGGUCAUCUGCAAACAAAAGCGAUGUCCUACCCUUGCCAUGCCAGCAAAUGGAGGGUUUAAGUGUGUAGAUGGUGCCUAUUUUAACUCCCGGUGUGAGUACUAUUGCUCACCAGGAUACACAUUGAAAGGGGAGAGGACAGUUACAUGUAUGGACAACAAGGCCUGGAGCGGCCGACCAGCCUCCUGUGUGGAUAUGGAACCGCCUAGAAUCAAGUGCCCAAGUGUGAAGGAACGCAUUGCUGAACCCAAUAAGCUGACAGUCCGGGUGUCCUGGGAGACUCCUGAAGGAAGAGACACAGCAGACGGCAUUCUUACUGAUGUUAUUCUAAAAGGCCUUCCCCCAGGCUCGAAUUUUCCAGAAGGAGACCACAAGAUCGAGUACAUAGUCUAUGACAGAGCUGAGAACAAGGGGACUUGCAAAUUUCGAGUUAAAGUAAGAGUCAAACGCUGUGGCAAACUCAAUGCCCCGGAGAAUGGUUACAUGAAGUGCUCCAGCGACAGCGAUAAUUAUGGAGCCACCUGUGAGUUCUCCUGCAUUGGUGGCUAUGAGCUCCAGGGCAGCCCUGCCCGAGUAUGUCAAUCCAACCUGGCUUGGUCUGGCACGGAGCCCACCUGUGCAGCCAUGAAUGUCAAUGUGGGUGUCAGAACAGCAGCUGCACUUCUGGAUCAGUUUUAUGAGAAAAGGAGACUCCUCAUUGUGUCCACACCCACAGCCCGAAACCUCUUCUACCGGCUGCAGCUGGGAAUGCUGCAGCAAGCACAGUGUGGCCUGGACCUUCGACACAUCACGGUGGUAGAACUGGUGGGCGUGUUCCCCACCCUCAUUGGCCGGAUAGGAGCAAAGAUUAUGCCACCAGCCCUAGCUCUUCAGCUCAGGCUGUUGUUGCGAAUCCCACUCUACUCCUUCAGUAUGGUGCUAGUGGAUAAACAUGGCAUGGACAAGGAGCGCUAUGUCUCCCUGGUGAUGCCUGUGGCCCUCUUCAACCUCAUUGACACUUUCCCCUUGAGAAAAGAGGAGAUGAUUCUGCAAGCCGAAAUGGGCCAGACCUGUAACAUCUGAUUUAAUGGUUCCUCUUCUCUUUUGACAUAGUGCCAUGCACAUGGG